GGAACAUGUUGGCCACACCCUGGAGGGUCGCUGCUAAUAUCAACAUAUAGACAAGAACUGCAUUGCACAUUCUGCCUGAUGCAACCCUCUUCUGCAUUCUGCAACAAGAAACAAUCAGUAAAAACAAAACAUGCAGAGACGAGACAUCAUUCUUUUUUUCCUGUUUUCACUGAUGGACUACUUAUGGACUCAAGACCAAGCAUGUGAAAAAGAAACUGACUGCCCUUCAGAAAACCAAAUUGUCUUUAGUGGAACAAGAGAAAUCCCUCGUAAUCUGAGUGCGGGUGUGACUGAAGUAUUCUUUUUGGACAGUCACAUCAAAACAAUCCCUAAAGCAGCAUUUGUGGAAAACCCUCAGUUGGAAAAAGUGGAGUUCAUAAAUACAAACACCAGCACUAUUGAGCCAGGAGCUUUUGAAGGCCUUGUUAAUAUGAAGCUCGUUGAAAUCUCCAGCACACCGCUGACGUCCAUGCCAGUGGAUGUCUUUUCAGGCCUCAGCAAUCUGGAGGUAAUUAUUCUGAAAUUGAACAAGAUCCGUAAUCUUGAGCGAGGUUUGUUUGAAGGUCUUAAAAAGUUAAAAGAGGUCCAGUUACAUGGAAAUGAAAUUGCAUCUAUUGAAGAUGAAACUUUCGAUGGCCUCCAAAACCUUGUGAUGCUUCAUUUGGCUAAAAAUCGCCUCACUGCAGUGAAAACCGCCUGGUUCUCUAAACUAACCAAACUGACCACACUGCGGCUUUAUGAAAAUCUACUGACUGCCAUCCCAGAGGACAUUUUUCACAAUUUGCCAAAUUUAAAAGAAAUAUCUUUGGCAAGCAACAAAUUAACAGAACUAUCUGCAAAUCAGUUUCCCCAUAAAGACAAACUAACAAAGAUCGUAUUGGAUGACAAUCUUUUGACAAAUUUACCUGGAGAAUUCUUUGUUGGCUUCCCUAAUCUGAAAAUAUUAACCCUGCACAAGAACAAACUAUCAAGCCUUCCACCUGUGCUUUUUGGGGAACUAACCAAAAUGAAGGAUUUAAACCUACGUCAAAACAAUUUGUCUGACCUUCCAAAAGCCAUAUUCAGUCGUCUGAAGGGUCUGACCAAGCUAGAUCUAUCCAAGAAUAACUUUUCUACUCUGUCACCCGACUACUUUGAAGGACUGAACAAACUUACUGAUUUGAAUCUUCUUAACAACAAGAUAGACUCCCUUGAUUCAGAUGUGUUUGAAGAGCUUCCAUCGUUGAAGACCCUGGAUAUGUCAAAUAACAAACUUCAGACACUGCCUCAGAAUAUUUUUAAGUCUUUAACACAUCUAACUAAAGUUUAUCUGAAUGACAAUCCCUGGAAAUGUGAUUGUAAACUUAUACAUCUCCAUCGCUGGAUGAAGGCAAACUCUAAGACCCUCCGUAAACCAGUAGUCUGUUGGUAUCCAGAUGAUCUUAAAGGACAGGAGAUCAAGUCAUUGGAAGAGGAGCAACUUAUAUGUCCUACUAUUCCAUUCACAACCACCAUAUUACAUACAACUACCCCCACAACGUUAGGACUAACCACCACCCUCACAACAACAAUGGCAAGCACUACGUGGUCAACCACCUUUACAUCUACAACACCUUCAGCCACGACCGCUUCUACUACAGUUACUCCUGUAGAAACAACUACUGACAUAAAGACGACACAGCAAACAACACCAGAGACCACCCCAACAACAUCAAUGGUUACAACAAGUGCACAAGUAACCACCACAAUGACAGCUAUUUUAACAACAACCAUACCCACCACCACGAUGAUGCCGACCACACCAACAGCCACAAUGACAACUGCUUCGCCCACAACAAUUUUAACAACAACAGCUGCACUUAUGGUCACACUGGCAGCAACCACACCCACAACAAUUUUAACUACUGCCUCACCAAGUACCACUUUCACACCGACUCCCCAAAUAACUACACCAACAGCUUUACCCACAAUGAUCUUAACAUCAACAGCUACCUCUACUAUUACAUCUCCAGCAGCAACUAUAAUAACCACGUCACCUAGCACCACUAGCAAAAUUUCAACCAUAAAUAUAGAAGCAACAAUCACAACAAAUAAACCCACCACCCAUGAGACGACCCAGCCUACAACUACUCUGAAGAUGACAUCUCUGCCGAAACGGACCACCCCAGUCGUUUUCACCUGCCCUGUACAGCCACGACUCGAGAAGUCACCCAUUUCAGUACUUUCUUCUGAUGACACAAAAUAUAGGCAUUGCAAAUCCCAGGCUCUCAUGUACAGCACUCUUCUGCUGGUGGAGAUCUUCUGCACAUUAGUUCUGGCUAAAUUCACCUUGUCUCUUUACCGACUACUGCUGUGCAGGGAAAGGAUGCUCCACGAUGUCAAACUCACCCACUUCUCCUACAGGAAAGAAGUCAUCUUAAGGCCUUUGUAGCAGACAGAGAACUGAAGCCUCCAAAAAUGUUUAAGCUACUCCCCAAUUCCUCCAUUACUAGAUAACCAAGAGAUUUUAAUAACCUCAUCCUUAUACCUGGAAUUUCCAUAUCUUUUCUGGAAUUUGUUUCCUCCAACUGUCCGUUUGAUGUAUUGGAUCUUAUAAAUGCAUUGUAAGGAUAAACCAAGGGCAGUUAGUGUUGCAGCACAUGACUUUCCAGUGACUGCGAAGAUGCCACAGGUGAAAAAUAUGACAACGGAUUUUUGAGCAUUUCAUUGUCAGAAUGGAGGAAUCUAUAGAGACGUUUCCUGAGCGAAACAUGGGCUGCGCCAUCUUGAAAGAUGUCUGCUCCGAACUUCCGGUUUAGAAAAAAACAACAUGAAUUACGAUUGAAGUGAGCAGUGUGUUGACUAAGUUAAAACUGCAAAAUUAAAGCAGAGAAACUUACGGAAUAUUCAAAAAUGGAUUCUGCACGACGUAGAUGAGAUUGUAUAAAUGUUCUUAUAACUUCGUUGAUCAUACGUGGACAAAAUUAUAACAACCUGUCAGCCUGUUUUGAUGUGAUGUGUAGAACGAAACGGUGGCCACUUGAGUGACCAAAAUGAGGUGAAAUUACAAAUUACAGUGUAUCACAAAAGGCAGUACACCCCUCGCAUUUCUGCAGAUAUUUAAGUAUAUCUUUUCAUGGGACAACACUAACAAAAUGACACUUUGACACAAUGAAAAGUAGUCUGCGUGCAGCUCAUAUAAUAGAAUUUAUUUUCCCCUCAAAAUAACUCAAAAUAUAGCCAUUGCUAUCUAAACCCCGAGCAACAAAAGUGAGUACACCGCAUGGGAACUACGUACAUCCCUAAAUGUCCAAAUUGAGUACUGCUUGUCAUUUUGACUGUGGGCAUGACACAUUGCCUUUGUACUCCUCACCUGGUCGCCGCCACACAUGUUGGAGACCAUCAGAACCAAACAAAUUAAUCUUCGUCUCAUCAGACCAUAGGACAUGGUUCCAGUAAUCCAUGUGCUUUUUUGACAUGUCUUCAGGAAACUGUUUGCGGGCUUUCUUGUGGACUGUCUUCAGAAGAAGCUUCCUCCUGGGGUGACAGCCAUGUACACCAAUUUGAUGUAGAGUGCGGCGUAUGGUCUGACCACUAACAGGCUGACCCCCCACCUCUUCAAUCUCUGCAGCAAUGCUGACAGCACUCCUGUAACGAGUCACAUGACAUUUUGGAGGGAAAAUGACAAACAGUACUCAAUUUGGACAUUUAGGGAUGUACGUACUUCCCAUGCGGUGUACUCACUUUUGUUGCUAGGGGUUUAGAUAUCAAUGGCUAUAUUUUGAGUUAUUUUGAGGGGAAAAUAAAUUAAUUCUAUUAUAUAAGCGGCACAGAAACUACUUUUCAUUGUGUCAAGGUGUCAUUUUGUCAGGGUUGUCCUAUAAAAAGAUAUACUUAAAUAUCUACAGAAUACGAGGGGUGUACUCACUUUUGUGAUAUACUGUAUAUUACAUUUGCCGAAUGCAGAGAGGCUGACACGGAUUUUGUUGUUACAAGGAAAUACUACAAGGUAUGUACAUUUAAACAAAAAUAGUGUGUCAUUCUUUUUUUAUUGCAGAUAUUGAUUGCAAUAAAACAUUUGAACAAAUUGGUUCCAUUUCUUGUUUUAUUUAAAAGGUUUGGUGCAUGUGCAAAAUAGGUCAAUAAAUCACAAUUUAUAAAAUGAUUAGAAAAAUAUUAACGAACGUUGAGCAGACAAGGAAUGUGUUAUCAGACAGCAGAGCUUAAGAGAGCCAAACUUUCACCCGACAUGACGAGACCCCCGGCGGCAUUCAGACAGGCUUUCUCCCGCUGUCCUCGGUAAUUCCAGCUCAAGGAGAGUAUCUUAAAGUUGCUGCAGUUAAAAACCUCGGAGUUGGCUCUCCGAAUCGAGCUGACGGUCCGCCGUGAAGCGAGCCACCGUUUGUCCCAGCCACUGCCACUCGGCCGCCCCCGGGAGUCGAGCCUUCAUCAAAGUAGAACGCACGUAGUCUCGUUAUAUGUCAAUCAGCGUACGAUUUCAGUUGUCUUCCCUUUUCCUAACAAUGUUUUCCAGCUGUAAACAAAUGAACAAAAAACUUGUAACACUUGCAUUUAGCGCUGACAUAAUUUUGCCAUUUACACGUACUGAUUAGCAACAGGCUAGCAGCAGAUAACAGUAGUUGUAGUAAAUAAUAUUAAAGACCAUCAUAAUUACAUUUAUCAUCGUAAUAACAAUAUCAAAGGCAACAAGAUGUUUCAUGCGCAAAAUUUUAGCUUAAGUAUUUUUUGAGCAAAGGACAUGAAAAUGCAGGGAUAGGAAGAACAUACCUCCAUAACACCAGCGGCAACAUGGCUACAAAAACACCUGGUCUUUGUGGUGGCACAAGCUUGGUUCCACAUCUGCCUUCAUGAACAUGUUGUCCUCCCCUGUCCCCAUGAUGGCAGAUGGAUGCGGUAUUUCCAAAUUGUCUUUUUUAAGGGAUUUUGAUGAGUAAUGUUACUCCAGCUCCACUGUUGUUUUGAAUGGAGAAAUUCUAAAAUGGAAGUUGCUCGCAGACAUAAGGAAGUAAAUCAGAAGUUCCUCGGAAACUUGUCUGUAGGAAAACUUUUCAAUAUGUUACUGAAACAACAAAAUAAAGAGUUACUGCUUUGGCUGCAAUGUAAUAUUACUCAGUAUUGUCAAAUAUUGUC